CGAUCAGCGACAAAAGCAUUCGAUUCUUGAACGCUGAGACCUGCAGAGCUAGGAAUAUYAUUCACAGGAACCAGUUACAUCAGAGAUCAUGAUGGCAGAACGAAGAAGACAUACUAAAACUUCAAUUCAUUUGUGGGAGUUUCUUCUUGAUCUCUUGUCCGACGAGAAAUGCUCCUCCCUAAUCACAUGGACCGAUCGUGAAGAGGGAGAAUUCAAAUUAAAAAAUCAAGAAGAAGUUGCAAAAAGAUGGGGACACUUAAAGCGAAGACCAGGCAUGAACUAUGAUAAGUUGAGUCGUGCACUCAGAUAUUAUUAUCAGAAAGAUAUCAUUAAAAAGGUGAAUGGCCAGCGGCUUGCUUACAAAUUUGUAAACCUUCAAGCAUGCGCAGAAAAACUCCCAAAGCAAGAGAGGAUGUCACCUUCACCUUCAAGUCAAAAUGACAUGACCGUGAAAAACAAUGAAGUAGUUCCCUACUUAACACAAAGCUCGCCGCUAAACUCUUUUCAGACCGUGCAAGCGCCUACUCAACUCAGUUAUCCAUACUCACCGCUGACCAAACCUAACGUUGGAUUGCAGUUUGUCCAUUCACAUUCACCUGUGUGCGUCAAUGGUCACGUGACGUAUCCUACGUAUCAAUACGUCAUUCCUUUCCAACUUUCUUCGGUUUGUCCAUGUCAUUGAUCUGUCUGUCUUUUCCGACUGUACUGACGACUUCCGGUAGACAAUUAGUUCACCUAUGUGCAGUAAAACCAGGAGCCCAAUGGGCUCCUGGUAAAACUCACUUCCGUCUGUCUGUCCGAAUGUACUAACGACUUCCGAUCGAAAGUAGUUCACCUGCAGUACAACUCACUUCCGUCUGUCUGUCACAGUAUUGCAAAAUAASCUGUGCUAACCUUCAUGUGAGUUCCAGUCCGUGUGUCAUCAAGCGGACUUCCGUCUGUCUGUCCUUUAGAUUUCUUCCUUAUGGAUUCCACUUACGCCCUUGGUGCGCAAUCUUAUCUAAUCCUUGCUUUGGAUGCACAGUCAGCGCCACUAGUCCAUAAAAUCAUUAUAAUAAUAAUAACUAAUAAUAGCUUAUGCACAUUGUCUGGUAUUUUGUAGAGAGAGUAAUACUAAGAUAUUAUAAACCACAAUCAACGUGCAUUACCUACAGAAAAAAUUCAAAAUAUAUCAAAAUAAAUUAAAAUGUGUAUAUAUAGAAAAAAGUCAUUUGAAAGACAUCGAACGCUCUUUCCUUUCUCCAUAAGUAUGGAUUUCUUAAUUCAAGUAGAUAUUCAGUUAUUUCAUAAACGUUUGGUUGAAAUAAACCAUUAAAAUGAAUGAUCGAAUGAUCUUGUGGGUAUUAAAUAUUGAUGAAUGGUAUCCAGCAAUCACUGUAGCUGAUUCCUGCAUUACUAAAUGAAAAGGGACUUCGUKACACGUUUAGUAUUUUUUCUAAGUGUUUUCAUUAGCUUACUGAUGUUUUAUUCAUCAUGAUCAAUACCCAAAGCAAAUUCCUGUAAUGCAUUCUCUAUUCUCUUCGAAUUACUUUUCAGAAAUAGUUGUAAUGAUCUUUGGACUAGUUAAGCUUAUUUGAACUUGUACAUAUAAAUGUUGAUAGUCUAAUAAACCAAAAUAGUUGUUAUACAUCAUAUUGGAUUUAUCUGUGGAAAUAAAGCAUCAUAUCCUGUAUUA